CAACAGGACACGAUGAUGAACGAGUUCAUGGCCAUGUUAAAGAAGAAUGAAGAUGAGCAUCCCCCGCCCAGGGAGCUGUUGAAUCUGGCAGAACAGCUUUGCCGGGAGCUCGAGAGCUCAUCCCCUAGUCUGGAGAAGCUGGUUGAAGCCAUGACAGAAAGCAAAAAUAAGAGAUAUUUUCUCACUAACAUCCAUGUUGUCAAGGCUUUUGUGUCUGUUCAUAUCCAUAAAGGGCAACAUGAUGCAGCCUGCAGACUCCUGGAGUAUUGCAAUGCAGAAGAGAAGAAAGAGCUGGUGCAGCUUUGGCAUGAGAUUCACUACCGGAGACUUAUGGAGAAACAAAGGACAGAUGUUCUGACAGCACUGCAGAAAUUCCGUUGCAGGAAGAGGCAUCCUCCACCUAGUUCCCUUUGUCCUGAAGGUUUGAAGAGUCGAAACUAUUCAGAACAAGUACGCCAGCAGCUGCACAGGUUUGCUGCAGAGGUGACAGCAAAUCCAGACAAGAAACAGCGGGAGGCACUGGCUCAGGACAUGGACCUGCAGCCAACCCAGGUCUAUAAUUGGUUUGCAAAUUAUCGACGACGUCAAAAAUCCCGCCGCCGUGAUACAGAAAAGCUCAACAAUUCACAUCCUGAGAGCGCUUUGGCUUCCCACACAAAUGAGCCACAGGAUAAAGAAUCCAACACUCCACAAACUGCAGAUGGAUCUUGUGUGGGCAUCAGCCCUGAGCAAAUGGAGAUAACUCUAUUUCCCUGUGAGCCAGGAUGGGAGCAGCCAGCUGCACCUAUGUAUCAGCCUCCUGCAGGAUUAUAUUUAAAGAUGCUGGAAUCCAGGUGAUCUCAGAGCCCUGAGCUGUGUGAAGCUGGAACAAGCACGGCUUUGUACAACACUCCCAGUGCUGAACAACCUGUACCUUCUGGCACUGGGGCUGGGAUGGAAGCAGGAGCCUGCUUUGGCUCUCCUGUGCUGCUGCCUGGAGAAGCAGUGACCGGGGCUGCUGCCAAUCUCCAGCAAGGGAGCUUUGUCGUGUACUCUUACGAGUUCCAUCCCUGCCUGAAUUAUUGCCUGCCCAUGUGGUGGGCCCCUUACAGCACCCCUGAAGUCUCUGGCUCUGUGUGGACCCCAGGUGUAGAAGCAGGUGUCACCUUGAGCACAGUCCCUCAGGGUGGCUGUGUUGAAGCCAGCUCAGAAAGAAUCAUUCAGCAGUCAGAUUUACAGGAUGAAAGCUUAACCCUUAGAGGAGGACAGCUAGGGACCCUGGAAUCUAUUCCCCACAGUUCCUCUCAGACUGUGUUGGAUGAGCCUCAGUGCCCACCUGUUUCUGAACCCUGUGUGGAAGAAAACCAAGCCUUGGGACAAAGCCAGGUAAGAACACACCUAAAGUUCAGAGAAAGGAGCUCUACACACACUCCCCUGCAGCUCUCUCAGAGGAGAUGUGAAAUUUCAUAUCAUAUUUAGUAUAAAACAUGUUUGAUCUAA